AAGCGCCUGCACAUAACGGUCGACGGACAGAUCUACCCGUACGACAGCCUGUUCCUGCGCGACGCCUGCCGCUGCGCCGCGUGCAUCCACCCGUCCACGCAGCAGAAGCUGUUCCAGACCACCGACAUCCCGUACGAAGUGCGCCCGCAAACCUUCGAGGCGCGCAAAGACGGCUCCGUAAGGAUCGUCUGGAAGAAUGAUCUCGUCACCCCGCAGAACCCCACCGGCGACAAGCACGAGAGCGUCUACGAUCUGGAAUUCCUGAGACGUUACUCGAGCCUGAGGAAUCGUGUAAGAGCGAGGUUCAAUGACCAGAGACAGAUCUUGUGGGAUCGAAAGACGAUGGAGAAGGAUGUGCUCUUCGUCGAGUACGAGGAUUACAUGAAGAGCGACGAUGCGCUGUUCAAGGCCGUCAAGCAGCUGAGUCUGUAUGGGCUCAUGUUCAUCAAGGGGAUACCCGAGGGGAUGAGUGAUGCGGUCGAGGGCAUGGCCGAGAGGAUUGGGAAUCUGAAGAAUACGUUCUACGGGAAGACUUGGGACGUCAAGAGUAUCAAAGACUCCAAGAACAUCGCCUACACAUCCCUCAACCUCGGCCACCACAUGGACCUGCUCUACUUCGAGUCGCCACCGGGGCUACAAUUCCUGCACUGCGUCCAAAACACAGUAACCGGCGGUUCCUCAGUAUUCGCCGACUCGUUCCGCGCAGCCACGCUGCUGCGCCUGAACAGCCCGAUCCUCUUCCACGCGCUCACAAAGUUCCCGGUAACGUACCACUACCAAAACGACGGCGAGCACUACCACCUGACGCGGCCAACGAUUGUGAUGGACGAGUACAGCUACCUGGACGAGAAGCGGAUCAGCAGCGUCAAUUGGGCGCCGCCUUUCCAGGCGCCGUUCGAGGUCGACGUCGGAACCGACCUAAACUCCCAGUUCAGACCGUACAUCAUCGGCGCGUCCGAGUUUGCCAAGAACGUCGAUGAGCCCGGGGCCCAGUAUGAGCUGAGGCUCGAGGAGGGCGUGUGUGCCGUCUUCUUCAAUCGCAGGGUGCUGCACUCGAGAAGGGAGUUUGAUGCCGAGAGUGGCGAUCGCUGGCUCAAGGGCGCCUACGUCGAUAUUGAUGCUUUCAACUCGAAGUACAGGACGCUCAGUCAGCGGUUCCGCGAAGAGAGGAACAAGGCUGACGACGAAUACUCGUACAUC